CCUCGGUCCAGCAGAUGGUGCUGUGUCCUCCGUAUGCAAAUUGCCAGAAAAACUCACAGAAGAAGAUCUCAGAGUCAGACUAGUGUUGCAGCUCAGUUAACUUCUACAAGAAAGUUUGGACGUUUCUCAGGGAAAUUUAAAAUGAGCCACGGUCGUAGGUGCUGUGUUCCAGGCUGCGCAGUGAAUGCUGACAUUCUCCAUAGUCUUCCCAGGGAACCAAACACUCGACGAGCAUGGUUGAUGUUUGCAUAUAAGAAGAUCCCUGUGAGGUUCGACAAUCAAUUGUACAUUUGCUCGAGACAUUUUACCCCACAGAGUUUUGAAAACCUUGGACAAUUUCAAGCAGGAUAUGCUAAGUUGCUGCUUCUGAAGAGAGGGGCUGUUCCGACCAUAUUGCCAUCACAACCGCAAGCUGAUACAGACUCCAAGGUGUCAGAAAUAUGUAUCAUCCAAGGUUGCAACAGAACUGAAGAACUCCUGAGUUUCCCUAAAGACCCAUCAACUCUGCAGCAGUGGAUGGUUCUCCUUGACGGCAGACUGAAGCAUCCAGUGAAUUCUUCGAGCACAGUGUGCUGCGUCCACUUCACUCCUGACUGCUUCACGAACUGGCAGCAGAAACAGUCCGGUGUGGCUGCCAGCUUAACGCUUAAGGCUGAUGCUCUGCCAUCACUCUUUAUGGAUGAUAGGAGCAAGGUGCAGGGGUAUUCACCACGGACACGGAAUGUGGACUGCCAGUGUGAUAUUAAACAGAGAUCAGUUGGAACUCAGUUGUCCAAAGGCACUCUUCUCCAUGUACGCAGCAAAGCCACUCAGACUCCUGCAGUCACACACAUCUCCCUUGGCGACGAUAUGGACUUCCUGUUGCACCCUCCAAAAACUUUGAAAGAAUCAGGAGAUCCAAAAAGAAGCUCUUCCUACGUCCUAGGGAUGCAAAAGUACACUGUGACCACGGUUCGGAAGGGCCUGAUGGCAGAUGUCGUCGUGAACGUUACUAGCCUACUACAGCUGUUCCAGAAGUGCCUCAAAUGCUGCAGUGAUGCCUGCAGCGUUGCUAUGGAACGCACGGGACUCCUCUUCCACGUGGUACAGCAGUGCUGGGGCUGUGGCAACACCAGGAACUGGGCGAGCCAUCCUCCAGACCAGCCAGCCCCAGACCACACACCCCCUGACCAGCAGCUCACAGACCCUGACAUUUUAGAGAUGGCAGAGGAGCCAGUGGGGAGGGCGUUCAAGGACACAUGCAUGGAGGAGGAGAUUACCUUGGAGGAGGUGGCGGAGGACGAAGAGGAGGAGGAGGAGGAUGAAGAGGAGGAAGAGGAAGAAAAACAACAAAAAAGAAAGAGGAAAAGAAGGGACAGUGAUGAAGAGUGGACUCCGAAUUUGAGAGAGGUCUUAGAGGCCUCAGAUGAGGAUUCUGAAGGUGUUGAUGAAGGGGAGGAGCAUAUUCUCCAGGUUGCGUGGUGCUGUGACUGUGGAGAGGAGGCCAGUGCCCGCUGCUUCAAGCAGAAACACCUGCAGCUCUACUGCUGCGUUAAGUGCGGCUACAGGGGCGGUGACCAGGAGCUGGACUGCACAGACGGCCAACAAACCCAACGCACCAUCAGCCCAGAGGCCCCUACUGCUGCAGACCAAGAGAGCUCUUGUGAUGUUAGCCAAGCAGCUGAACACGCAUGCAGCCCAGACGCCAACCGCAGUAACAAACAAACUGCUUCCAGUGAUCGUCUUGAAGAUUCCAAUAGCAUUAGUAGUGAAGAGGUCAUCUCUUCUGCCAGCCAGCAUGCCAUCACCAGUGGCAUCCAGGAGGCAACCAGCAAUGGAGUUAAUGAGUUAGGCAGCAGCUGUAGCAUUAGAGAACAGGGUUCUGUGGGCAGCAGCUGUAGCAUUAGAGAACAGGGUUCUGUGGGCAGCAGUGACCACGGAGGCACCAGAAAUGAAAGCCCAGAAGACACCAGCAGUAGAAAUCAGGACAUUAACACUGCGUCUCAAGUCGAGUCGUCUAACAGCUGCCACCAGGAAACUAGUGCAGCAAAUGAGGAGAGACGUAACCCUCCAAAAUAUGCCGUCUACUUCAAUGAUCCGUACAGCCUACAGACCCAUAUGGAACAGUUACAUGGUGGUAAACGUGAGCUUUGUCCAGACUGUGGCAAAUUCCUCAUCAGGCGGGAUGGCCAGACUGCGCACGUCUGUGAUCACAAAGUGAAGCCGUUCUCGUGUCUGACUUGUGGAAAGCGCUGCAUCAAUGAGGCAGGCCUCCGUCUGCACAGUCAGCUGCACACUGAAGACUAUGUGCUUCCCUGUCAAUACUGCUACGAGAAGUUCAGGUUCCAGAAAGACAAGCGGGAGCACGAGGAGACCCACAAGGGGGAGAGCCUGAAGUACCGCUGCUCCGAGUGCCCCAAACGGUUUGCAGAUCGCUCCAGUCGUAGUGCUCAUAGGAAGACUCACUGGAAACAUGGCAGGUUCUUCUGCAAAGUUUGUAACAAAGGCUUCCCUGAGCUCUUUAAACUUCAAAGGCACGAGGUGGUACAUACAGGACUGAAGCCCUUCAGCUGUGAGCUCUGUGAUAUGUCCUUCAACCAACGAGGACACCUUAAGUCCCACAUGCGCCUCCACACAGGGGAGAAACCCUUCAAGUGCCAUGACUGUGGGCAGUGCUUCAACCACAAUGUCAGCCUCAAGAACCACAUCCAGCGCAAACAUGGAUCAGGAGCUGAGGGGGGAGAGGGAGAAGAUUGGGGAUGACUGGACCAGGGGAACUGGGUGUGAUGACCAAAAAGAAUAGGUGCCCUAAGGCAACAGGGAAAAGCAAAUUGUAAGAAUUUGGUCGUUAUGUCUUUAUAAUUGUGCCUUGUGGGCACCUUCAUUUCCGUAAAAUUGUAAUACAUGUUUUUUUUUUUUUUUUCUUCAUCUUGGUUGGGUUCGGAUAACUAGGUGAAAGUAGAACCUUUGUGAGUGUUUGAACAGUACUUGAUGUAUAUUAUUUUAUUGUCCCCGUUGGGACAUUUGUUCUUAGUUCAGUCCUGCAAUUCCACAAAACAUGCAUAAAACAUACAUAAAGACAGAAACCUCUCGCCUACAGCACACCCACAGUUAAGUAUACAGAUAUCACUAAUGGCACAUAUACACACACUAUUACUGAUAAUGUUGACCCUUUGCACAGUCCCACAUGGCUAACAUAAACAUUAUUACUGUUAAAAACGUAACGCCCUCAUAUGCAGCAAUCAAUUAAAAAAAUAUGUUUUGCUUAUA